UCUUUGCCAAAUAAAAACAUUGGCUCAGGUUUCCUGGAACUCAUUUACGAAAGUUUUCGUCAAAGAGAUACGGACCAUUUACGUAAAUCGGUACAAAACCAGCUGUAAACUCAGAAAAUCAAUGUGUAACUCAGUUGCUGUGGAUGUUCUGGGUUUCGGUAAGUGUUGCAAGAAAACUUUUUACUUCUUUUCUCACCAAAUGGCCAGGCAGCGUGUGGAGGAGUGAACCAGGGAGAGUGUAACAUUUUGCAGCUGUUCCUGUCUUGGAGUGCAUAAUCGCCUGUAGUCAUAGGAAAUGCAUCACUGCAGCUCAGCAGAUUGGCGAUGACUCACUGCACUCUUUAACAUAUAAACCUCUGGAGGAACUGCUCACUUCUUGAGGCUGCACAUUCUCACAGGCUUGGAGGAUUGUCAGAACUUUGGAGUAUUGAACAAUGAAAAACUUGCAUUUGUCAGUAUUGCUUUUUACUGCGUUCUACGUAGUCUCCUCUUCUGUACUGCAGAACCGGAUGGAAUUUGCUGAGGCAAUGACUUACCUGAGGCAGUUUGGCUACCUCGACACACCACUGGAUAAGGAGACCCAGGUAGACAUUAGUGAGGAGGCUAUAAGAGAAGCCCUGAGACUUUUUCAGCGGGUGUCAGGUUUGCCAGUUACUGGAAAGGUUGAUGAACCUACAGUGACAAAAAUGAGGCAGCCACGCUGUGGGGUUGAGGAUCCUUUCAAUCAAAAAACCAAUAAAUAUAGGCGAUUUGGUGGAAUUUGGAAAAAAAGGAAUCUGACAUAUCGUAUCUAUAACUUCACACCGGAUUUGGGGAAGGUUGCGACCCAGAGGGCCAUUAGAUUGGCUUUUAAGUACUGGAGUGACGUCACUCCAUUAAGCUUUAAGGAGAUUGAAUAUGGGCGUGCAGAUAUUAGGAUCUCAUUCCAUGCCAGGACUGGCUGUCUUUCACCUUUUGAUGGACCAGGUCAUGUACUUGCUCAUGCUGAAGGCCCUCCAUCAGGGAUCAUACAUUUUGACGAGGAUGAGUUUUGGACUGAAGGAAAAUACUAUGGUUCCAACUUGCGAAUUGUUGCGGCUCAUGAGAUCGGCCAUGCGCUAGGUUUGGGUCACUCUCAAUACAGAGAUGCACUCAUGGCUUCUUACUACUCUGGCUACAAGGUCAACUUCAGACUGCACCCUGAUGACAUCAGAGGCAUCCAGGCAUUAUAUGGCAAAAGAAUCAUCAGUACUACCACAGAUGAGGACAUUCGUGCCAUGGGCCCCACAACCAUAUCACCUGUCCCACGAGUCGAUAUUCCAGAUCCAUGUGAUGCCAAACUUGAUGCCAUAAUGCUAGGUCCUUGGCGGAAGACCUUUGCUUUUAGUGGGGAUUACAUGUGGACAAUCACAGAUAUGGGACAUAAUGCUCCAAUAAAGAUCAAGCAGCUGUGGAACGACCUGCCAGGAAACCUGAACGCUGCUGUGCACUCACCAAGAACCAACAAGACUUACUUCUUCAAAGGUGAUAAAGUUUGGCGCUACACAAACUUCCGGCUCGACUUCGGUUACCCCAAACAGUUGACCAGAAUCCCAGCGAACAUUGAUGCUGCCCUGUACUAUGAGAAGAACAAAAAGAUUUUCUUCUUCAAGGGAUCAGGUUUUUGGCAAUGGGAUGAAAUGAUGUAUAACGACUUGAGCAUUUACCCUAAACCCAUUUCGCGCCUCUUUACUGGUAUUCCAUCCAACCUGGACGCUGCCUUCACAUGGACCAACGGCAAGGUGUACUUCUUUAAAGGUGAUAAAUACUGGCGCAUGAACGAGCAGCUGAUAGUGGAAUCAGGUUAUCCGCUAAGUAAACGAGAGCGGUGGAUGAGGUGCACCCACUGAGAGGACGCAGACUUUAACGAAGCGCUAAAGAGGACUUUCAACACCUUAAGGCAUUCAACUGCAGACAAGACAAGGGACUUGUGCAUUGUCGAAACCCAUGCUGUGUGACGUGUAGCCAUGGCCUCAUGAUUUACAUUUAAUGAGUCCACAGGGAAAAAGUGCUCUUUCUUUCACUCUCUUUGCAGUCUGUUGAGUAGACUAGAGAGUGGACAUGCGGCAAAUUUUGCUAAACUAUUGCAAAAGUUACUGUUAUAUUGUUAACAAUACAGGACAAAUCAUCUAACUCAUCUAACUUAGAUGUCAUCUAAUUUGGCAUUCUACUUGUAACAUUGCCCAUUUGUCAGUGUCUUAUGGUUGGCAAGCUGCUCCACAUUUUUGUCCAUUUGUAACAUUUGAAAAAAGCUGAAACAUAACAAUGUCGAUAACAUUCUCCAAAGUCAAAUGUGAAUAUAGUGAACAUUGUGAAGUAUCAGUGCUAGCAAUGCUAUCUCAGUUAUUGUUAUACAUUAUUACAGUUUAUUAGCACAUUCCUACUGUAGCGGAUCAUCAGGGAGUCCAGGAGUAACAAAGUUGUCUGUGUAUCUCAAACUCUCUCUAUAAUGAACUUAUGUUAAUUAAUAAGCAACCUUUGUCAUUUAUUCUUGCAGUAAAGAAGUGUAUAAAGAGCCGGGUUCGGU